UUGAAAAAAUAAACAAGUUUUGAAACACCAACACGCUCAAACAGCAGCUCAAAAUUUAUUUUCGGUUUACUCUUCUGUAAGCCAAUAACAAGCAAAAUGCCCAGAAAGAGGGGGCAUGCUAAUCGGGGAAAGAAAUCGGGUCGUGGAAGUGGAACGGCCCAAGCCAGUAGCAGUGGCAGCAGCAGAGGUGGAACUGGAAGCCAUGACCACUAUCGUGACCAUGUACAAAAUGUACACGGUUCUGUACAUCAGCAUAGCAGAGUUGAAAAUCUCGAAAAGGAUAAGGAGAAUGCCUUCCAAUCCCUUGAAGAAAUGUUCAGAGAAACCUUAGAUGCUGAUGUCAUUCACAUGGUGCUCGUUGAAUGUGAUUGGAAAGUGGACGCUGCCCUUGAGAGUCUGAUCACGUUAGCUGGAGCUGGAGGCGAGUCUAGCCGCUCGAUGCAGAUGGCGGAUGAGAGAUCAACACUCAGUGGGAUCGCUUCAAGUCUUUUCACCUACCCAUCAAGAGCGGAUGAUAUGCAGAAUGAUCUUAGUGGUACCAAUGUGAGGUCCCACGUGGGACCUCGAGAUGAAGACUUUGAUGUGACAGAUGAGGAGGACCAUUAUGACGACUUUGAUUUAGGAACUCGCGAUGAAAUGAUGCUGGAUCAAAUCAGUGACAGUAUUGGGAUUAGUGAUGAUCACCGUGUGGUGCCCCCUAUCAGAGACUUUGAAAAUAGCUUGGAACAAAUUGACGAUACUCCUUUACUGCACAGUAGCCUUCCUGCUGGGAGUGAACACCAGGUCACACCCAACUUGCCAUGGAACAGUAAAGCAAAUCUUCCAGAUCUGACUUGUCUGUAUCCAGGUAACAUAGACAGUAUUGAAACUCGAGCAAGCUCAGUGUCAGAUUCAUCAAAUAAGCCCAAUGAAAGUUCCAAGGGAUUUGCAAAAUCCAUUCAACUUGCCGAAACCUAUGAGAAGUUGGCACAGUCUUCCAAUUACUAUCUGUACGACUUUGAAGAAAUCAGCUCGACCUGUUCUUAUUUGCAUGAAACUGAAUCUAACCCAGUUGAUUUUGAGUUGAAGUCCAAUGGGAGUCCUGAUCUAGAACUGUAUGACUCUGGGCCUAUCAGUGAGGUGCAAGGUGCCCUUUUUGCUGAUCUUGAAAAGAAGCUCGGAAAUACAAUUCCAAAACCACUCGAGUUUAUAUCAGAUGAUGGUGCUUGUUCUGGAGGAGUUUCUGACUCGCACUUGACUCGUGAUUUUAUAGUGUCUUCCAUUAAUGUCACAAGUUCAGAACAACUCAACUCCAUGUCUUCUCCCCAAACAGUGAGAAGUGAUAGCUUCCUUAUGAAUGAACCUAUGCUUCCAUCUGUGGGGGUAGGGGAAGAUUUGGCGGACAGUUCUUUUAACCUGGAAUCCUCCAAAACUACAAAGCCAUUCCUCUCUGUUGAAACAAUUGGGCCCGCCCGAGAAACUGAUUCGUACGGAAAUAAUAGUCCUCUAAGUGUGUUGGAACCUGCACUGGAUGCUGAAAGUCAGAACAAUCAGACUGACGAUGCAUUUAGGGAGAUAUAUGGGCCACUGGGGGGUCCGGAUGUUGUGACUGCCAGUGUCAUCCAGGACGAAGAAGCCAGCCUUGGGAUUGGACAGAAAUUGAGAAAGAAUUCUGAAAGUGUUGCUGUCGAUGUUGGCGAUGAUUUUGAAGAUAUUCUUGCAGCCGCUGCUGAUGCAGCUGAGGCUGCCAAUGGCAAUGAUGAGGAUGGAGAUCCAAGUGAUGACAGUGAAAUGGGGAAGAAAUUUGUCCAUGUGUACAAUUACUCAAGUACAAGCAGUUCAAAGGAGGACUCACCUGAACCACUUGGGGGUGCCACAGGGAAAAAGAUCUGUCGGAAAAAGAAAAAGCGUAGUGGUGGAGGGAUCAAGGCUGUGUAUAGUGGAAGAGAGGAGGAUUUCGGGAGGGAUGCAGACGGCCUGGUAAACAGGAUGGUCGGUGCUAGGGACUUCCUGAAAAACAUGAACUCUGAGCAAUCCACUGUAAAGGCAAAUAGUGAAGUGAACUUGCAAACAAAUCCAGAAAGGACUGUUGAAGUUGAGACAUUGUGCCAAAGAAUGUUGGGGUUCAGAAAUGUUUUAAAAACUCAAGCUGCGGAAAAGAAUGAUUCAGAUGUGCUCGAAACAUUUGAUAUUGAUGAAAUGUCUGAUGUGAGAACCCUCAGUCACUCAGAUUCAGAAUCAAGUGAUUCUAGUCAUAGGAUAACUUGGCCUGAUAUUCUCGAUCUUCCAAGUUCUUCAUCUAAACCUAUUGCUACAAUCAGUGCGGACAUAGCAGAUAGAAUUCCUGAGCUUGAAAUCAUCGAGUACAAUUUGGAAACAAUCCAGGAGUCGGCAGAAUUCAGUGAUGGUGCCGAUGAUUUUGGUCAUGAAAAAGGCUCCAUCCGUCGGUUUAUAACUUUAGAUAAGAUUGAAUUACCACCUAAAGUCCAACGCCAGGCAGAUCUUGUUGCUAAAGGGGAUGAUAUUCAAGUAAAUGUGGAGAAAGUGCUCGAAUCUGAACCUGGUACAAGCUGUGAUGACAAUGGUGGUACAGCAUGCGCAGAGGAUGUUGUCAUGGCUCAUGAAGUCUGUAGAAGCUCUGUCCAUGAUGCUGUCAAUUUGGAAGAAAAUGCUGAUGAAACAGAACUGUUGAUGGCCUGUAUUUCGACUGAUUCAGUUAAUGUUGAAAGUAUCGUAAGACGUCUGGAGGAGACGGGGAUAGAUGUGCAGUCGGGGGGCGAGUUGUUGUCGACUGGCAGUCAGUGUCGUGAAGAAAAAGACAGGAUGGGUGAAAAAGCUGUGACAAACCUAACGGAUGGAAUAACUGAUGACGCUGCUGGUGUUCUGGGAGUUGAAGACACCCUGAAGCUGUUGCUGGGCAUUGGGCCUGAUGAAACACAAGAGAGUGCCAAAAGUUGUGAUGACAUAAAGUCACAGACAUCGCCUUCCUAUUCAGGAAAUACCUCUCAGGAGAACAGUGAGGAGUUUUCUAGAGCAGAUGCUCUAAAACCUUUAAAACAGCCUGUCCUGUCUGAUCCUGACCCAGAAGCAAUGAUCAAAGUGAUGCUAGGUGUAGAGGCUGCUUCUCAUAGCCAGAGUUUAUCUUGUGCUUCAAGUGAUGUGAGUGAUAAGAGCAGCAAUAAGGAACGUGAUGUAACUCCUGUAACAGGAGAUAUUGGUGCUGAUUGUGCAAUAAAGAAACUGUUGGGCAUCGGUGCAGCAGAUGAAGAAAACAGGAGUAGAGUUAUUGGCAUCAACCUGGAGCGAAGUGAAGACAAAUUGAGUACACGUGAGUCCGGGGCUUAUGAGGACGUUGUUUUAUUGAAAGAGGGUGAUGUUAUCGAAAGUGAAUCAAAAUUGUCUGUUAGUGCAGAAGAAUUUGUACCGACAGGGCCCCGUGAACAUUUGCCUGGGGUUUCAGCCCCUGGGAUAUUCCUACUGCCAAAUGUGAACUCCUCAAGUUCAAGUGAUUUGCCACUGACGAUGCCAGCCUUUGUCACUCCGAAAAUGAAUGCAGGAUCUACAGGACUGCCACCAGUUCCAUACCAGUUUGAUCCAGUUGCUGAUAUGACAGGCUUCCAGCAGCCUUUUGUUCCUCAACCGGCAUUCCAGUCUGGGGUAUUUUACCAUAGUGGUGAGAAUGUAGUUGCUCAACCCAUAGGGCAAGGACGGGGACGUGGAAAAGAAAAGCGGGGUGGCAGAAAAUCUCCUUUCUCAAAAUUAGCAGCUAAUUUUAACCAGUUCAGCUAUACUGAGCAGCCUACAUUUAUGUCUGUUCCCCCUGGCUUCAAUCAUGGUGCCAGAAAACCAAUGACUGAGACAGAUUUGGGGCGCAAUAAACAACAAUUUGAUGAUAGUGGCAAGGCAAAUGCCAGGAUUUCCCACAACAAACAGACUGGCAUUCCCAGCACAAAACAGCCAAAUAUUCAUGCUGAAGACGAAUCUACAAAUAACACUUUUACCAACUCGAGUUCUGGCAAAACUAGCAUCAGUGAAGAUCGCGUUCUUCCUGAAAAAUGCAGUGGCAGUGAACAAGGGCAGCGAAUUCCUUCAUUUGCAGCAAUGGCUGCCAAGUCGGCUGAGGGGACUUCGAAUCGUCCAGCCCAAAGAAAGAAUACCAGGUCCAGCAAAUCUCAGGAAUUGCCAGCAAAUGAUGACCAAGUACAGAUGGUAAGACGGCAUCUGGACAGAGGUGACAAGGUGCUGAUCAUGAUGCGGGGCUGCCCAGGCAGUGGGAAGUCAACACUAGCAAGACAGUUACUGUUCAAUGGUGUGAUUCUCUCUACGGAUGAUUUCUUCGUCUCGGAUGAUGGUCGAUAUCUGUAUGAACAAGAGAAGAUAGGAGAUGCACAUGAAUGGAACCAAGAGCGUGCUCUAAAAAACAUGAAGAGCGGUGUCAGCCCCAUCAUCAUCGAUAAUACCAACAUUCAGGCCUGGGAAAUGAAGCCAUAUGUCAUUAGAGGAAUUGAACAUGGUUACAAGGUAGAAAUCUUUGAACCGAACACGCCUUGGCAAUUUAGACCUGGUGAACUUGCAAGGCGAAACAGUCAUAAUGUUUUGAAGGAGCACAUUACACGUAUGAUUGAUCGAUACAACCACAAUGUGACGGUGGAACAAAUCGUCGGCUCAAGUGACAAGUUGAGGGCAAGGGCAGUUCAGAAACAGCAGGCUGAUAUACAAAGGACUAAGGAGGCCAAAACUAAGAGAAAAAGAUCAGGGAAGAAGCAACCAGUGCAGACAGCAACAACCAAAUUGCAGCCAAAGGUCACUAAUCGAUUUGCACUCUUGGGAGAUGAGAGCGAGGCUUUGACUACAUCAGAGGACAGAUUCAUUGUUGAGGCUGCAUCUGUUGCUAUGCAAGCUCUCCCAGUGGAGUCAGAGAGGAUCUCGGCAGACGUAAAGGUGGAUGUCAGAGCAGACGAUACUGAGGAAGUAUCCAGUGGUAGUCCGAGUGGGGAGAUAUCACCUGAUGUUGUUGUGGAGUCUGAUGGGGCAAAUUCAACAGACGGCAAGGAAGUUGCAGCAGCAUUAAAUGAUGCUGUGAUGAAGAACAAGGAACAGUUGCUGGAUGAUUUUUGUGCAGUUGUGGAUAAUUUUGAUCUGCGUGAUUGUCUUUCUGGAGGAGUGUUACCAAAUGAAACUAGUGAUUCGGAUAGUGAGGUUGAUGCUAGAAUCAGCGAUGACACUCAAAGCUCGAAGGUGGAUGGGAAACAGUUGAAUGAAGCUGAUGUUGUGCGAAGUAGGGAUGAAACGGCUUUAAAUGAAAAAGUAACCGAUGUUGACUCUUGCGUACCUCCUACCAGAAGUAAUAAUGGUUCUAAGGAUGGAGAAGAUGUGUCUUCAUCCAGUCUUGAUUCUGAUCAAGUCAAACUUACACCUUUCAGUGCAGGUUUAGAGAGGGAAUUUCUCAAUGAUGAUUUCUCAGCUCCAGAACCUUUAAUGAAUAGUUCUCCUUCAACUUCACAGGGUGCUGAGCAAACCAAUCUAAGAAAAAAUGUUAAGACAGAGAAUGUACUGGUAGGAAGUGAACCUCUUCCGUCUGGCAAGAGGAGUCCUCGGACGGGCUGGGCUGGCUGGGGUUCAUCUGCUCCCAAAGGGUCUGUUCCUACAGUAUCCAAAAGCCUGAAGCCAUCUUCUGGGAACGAGUGGACAUCCAGUGGGGAAAGCCAGCCGUAUUUCUGGAGUGCGGCCCAAGGUUUAGUGAGGGAUAACAGGCAUGUAGAUGUUCCUGAGGCGAAGUCUGAAGACAUUGUUGAUUUACCUCAUGAACAGAAACCUGGUGUUGAAGUAGUGACGAGCGCUGUUGAAAAUGUAUGGGAGGAGCCCAAAACUAGGCGGGAGAGGAGGCAGCGAAACCAAGGACAGGAUUCCGCUACGUCUCCUUCCAAAGUGAUCAAUACUGAACAUCAUGAGACUGGUUCAGACGUGGGUGACAACAUAUCAGAGACACUUGCCUCUUGUCUGAUCAGUGAAGAGAGACACAAAGACUCGGAUGGCCCCAUCCUGCUGAACAUGACAGAUGGUUCAGAAUUGGAUAACGGAAAUGCUGAAUCGGUGGAAGUUUCAGCGGUAUCUGACCAAACGUGUGAAGCGGUGCCCGAUUCGGUGGUCCCUCUAGGGAAGGAAUUGCCUCGUGUUGUAAGCCCAAGUGAAUCCUCCAGAUGUAAUGCCGACUCAAAAGACGUUUCUCUUCAAACGCCUACGAAUAGAGGUCAGGGUCACAAGUUACCUCUUGCAGCUACCAAUGAAAGUUCUGGAAAGGAAACUGAAAACACUGAGGCACUUCUUCAAGUAGGAAACAAUUUAGAUGAGGUAUCUGAGACAUCAAAUCCACUUGAUUUAUCUGAAACUUCUGUACGCACCGAAACUCAUAAUUUCAAAACGGAUAUGUUAGAUUCUGUCCCAAAUGUUCCAGUUUCUGUAGGGAACUCAAAAGAGGAUAGUGAAAUAUCUUAUUCCGUUAGGCAGGAAGGCAAAUCCAGUCAUGCUGUUACAGACAUUUCAAAGUGUGGGCAAGGAAAUGAGAUGGUGUCAAAUUCUGAAGUAGAGACUUUUCAGAGGGUCAAGAAAAGUGGAGGGGUAGAAGCUGUUUGCAAUGCAGACAGUUCAUUGAAGGUUGACCAGAGCACUAAGUCUGAAACAUUGAAGGAAGAGAGGACAGUUUCUAUAUCAAAUGAGGCUGAAGUUGACAUUGAGGAUGGCACUCCUGCUGAACUCUAUGGGGAAAUUGAAGAGUCUGAGAGUAGCCUGAAAGCUACCCGUGUUUUAGAAGCUGAAAAUGUUAUUCCUGCAGAUAAGUCCAUCAGUCCAGAUGUAGCUCAGGAGAUUGAAGAAGUAGACGCAGUUGUUGAAGGAAGUGCAAUAUGUUUUGAUAGUGAUGCGGAUACUUCAGUAGCAGGUCAUUCUGAUGAAACCCAUUUACCAGUAGUUAGCCCAAAAGAAGAUUCCUUGAUGAGAGAACAUGUUGAGUCGUCAAUGAGUCAACACAUCGAGCCAUCUACCCUUGUAGCUGAUGGUGGUACCCCUACUUUGUUAUCACUACGGGACCUCUGUAACAAUGCUGUUGAAGCAGUAUCCCAGCAAGAGAGUCCGUCUGCUAAGAAACUGCCUGGUGCCACUCCAUCGCGUAAAACCAAAUCCCAAAAACCAAAACUCACACCAAAACAAAAAUUUGUGAAGGGAAUCAAAGAAGAUAUUGUUGCUAUUGGAAAGUCUUUACCACAGGAUUGGACACUCCCCGAUUUUCUGGUAACUCCGAGUUCUGUGAAAUUUGAAAAAAAUUCGAUACAAGCAAAUACUGGUGAGGAACCGGAAAGGAAGGAAUAUACUGAUUCAGGAACGCACACAAGUUCUCAUGACUUUGUUCUUUUAUAUAAAGUUCAGAAGAAUUUACCCUAUAAUCUUUCAGAUGUCAAGGUGAUUGAUUAUGAUGCAAAUAGGGAUCCUAGUGGAUGGACAGCAGAGCGCACAAGCCUGUCGACGUCUGCUCCAGGAUCACCAAAGAAGCGCACACCAUUUCUCCUUGACAAAAGUUGCAAUACAGAUGAAGAAUCGAUUCCAUUGUCAGUGGAAGCCGAUCUCAAAUUUCUGAAGUCGUGUUUCCCAACGGUUUCUGAAGGUGAUUUGAAAGAUAUCUUGGACCAUUGUGGCAAAGAUGUGGAAUGGGCUGUAAACUUGUUGCUGGAUUCAGGUUAUGAGUACAAUUUACCGAAAACCACCAAAGAGCGGGCUAAGAGUGAAGGCAGGGAUGACGAUAAGGAUGUUGACACUGCACAAGAAAAUAUGUCCGAGGUUCACAGUCCCGAACGCACUGUUGUGAAAAGAGGGGGAGAAUUCCUCGAGACCAAAGCAGAUGGACGCUACUUGGCAUCCCCUGACACCCAGUCUUGUCAUCAGCCAGGCGGCCUGGCUUCGCUGAGUCAGAACGUCCUGACUGAUUCAAACUGGCUGAACUCCUGGGGAAGUCUGGGUGGCUACAACCUGCCGAUGCCAGGUGAUUAUCACUUUGAUGUUUCUGAUUUGCCAUUUGAGCAGACAACGUUUCCUCCUCAGCAGAAGUCCCAGAACGAACCACAGGAUGGUUUAUCUACGGCGACUACUCCUCAUGCUUCUAACAUCUUUUCUGAACUCGAUGCGAUUGACAAUGUUGAAAUUAAGACUAGACCACAGGGAGACUUCAGGACAGAUCACUUCGGCUUGAUUCCUUCAACUGAGAGCACGAAUUCAUCAACAUUUGAAUUGAAGACGUCCACUGCUCAUGAAACGGCAAAUGCACAACCACCAUUACAAUCCUCAACACCAACUUUGGAAGCGAACAAGUACCAGAAGAUAAUUGAUACAGUGACUGGUGCAAGUACUGCACCCAUUAUUGAACCCAUGAUGUACAUGCCAAUACCUGGAAUCAGAAAACUGAAGAAUUCGUACGAUUAUGUAGACCAAAGAAAGGAGAGCAGCAGUGACCGCUCUUCCACGAUGGUAGAUGUCAGCAAGUCUAGUGAUACGUCACCAGAUGAUAUGGAUCAAGAUAUGAAAGAGGAAUGGUCCAGCGAGGAUUGUGGACUCUCGAUGGAGCUUUCACCGUCAAUGGCACUUGGUUUACAGGAGCUGUUCGGACCAGUUGGAUUCCAUGUCAAUGCAGAAUCACUUUGCCCUGAUGAUCUCAAGAUCAGUCUGAGUUACAAUAUCGCACGUCUGCUGCACGAGGCCUGGGCAAAAACGCUGGAGGAGAAGAUGGUGAAGGAAGAAGACUCUAUCACACAGAUGCUCAAGUCGGAUCUUGAAUUAGCCCAGCAGCUGCAGAGUGAGGAAGAGGCUAUGCACCAUGUCACAAAGAUUAUCACAAUGCCACGAAGAAAGGGAUCUGCUUCAAGUCAUUUCAGCCCACAGCGUAGUCAUUCCCCAAAAGCUGGUCAGUCACCGAACACGCAUCGAAAAUAUACAGAUGCUCCGUCAAGCGGUAUCACUUUCAAGGAGGAGUUUCCCAAUCGUCUGCCACGUUCUUUGUCACCAAGCACAAGUCUGCAGCAGAUCAUGGAAGAAGAACUGGCCAUGAAGAAGAAGAGAGAGGAGGAGAUGGAGAAGCUGACAACAUCUGCCUCUCAUGACACCAUGGCGAGGAGGAUGAAACGACAAAAACUCUACGAGCUGUUCCCAGGACUCCAGGAAUCCAUUCUAGACGAGAUAUUCGAAAGUUGCGGCCACGCCCUGGGGCCAACGGUCUCCGCUAUCCGUGGGCCGACAGAGGAGAAUCCGCAGUCAGUUUUCACAUCGAGUAAUUUGUCAGAUUAUGAGGAAAUUCUUGUGAGGGAGGCAGAGGUGGAGAGCAAGAACCCAAAGUAUCUCGGCAAGUCUUCUGCUGACUACCAGACCUUCGAAGACCCCGACUACCAAGACUAUCGUGCGGAGGCCACGCUUCACUAUAAUAUCCGGUGUGAAUGUUUCCAAAAGGCCCAAGAGGCUCACAGGAGGGGAAAGAAGCAGGUUGCCACUUUCUACUCGCAACAGGGUCAUAUGCACACUGAGAAAAUCAGGGCGGCGAACAAAAGAGCAUCUGAGAAAAUGCUAGAACACAGAAGCGGUAAACUACAAAAGUCGAACACUUUAGAUCUGCAUGGGUUACAUGUUUCUGAGGCCAUCGAAGCACUGGAAGAUAUACUCACACGGAGGCAAAAUGAAAAUGCCGAGCGACCAGACAAGAGGAAGUUGCACUUGUACGUAGUGACUGGACGAGGAGCGCACAGCAAGGGUGGCAUUGCUAGAAUCAAGCCGGCAAUUGUUGGCUACUUGAAUCGCAAUGGAUAUAGGUUUUCAGAGCCUCAGAUCGGGAUGCUGCGCAUCAAUGUAAAUCAGUUUGCUCAAUGAACUUUGCCUCGCCAACUGUUUCCUGGACUACCUGAUGGGGGAGCUAUUCCUCAGUGUUUGUCAAUUACCAGCAGGCAUUAACCCUUUAAAACUCCAUCAUUUUAAUUGUUUUUCUAUCUGUUCCUCAAGAAAAAUUUCAACAGGACAUUUGUAGUAUUACUCGUCAGUAUAAACGGAUAACUCCAUUGACUGAGCAGAAGUUCGGCUCCGAACAUUGGCUCAAGUAGAAUGAUGUUUUGAUUCCGCACUUUCAUGGCAGAUGUCACCCCUAAAUUGCAAGCGUCCACGGGCAUUUGAAGGUAAAAGCUGCGGGUUAUGAAGGGCUAAUGGGUUAAAUAAUACUGUAACCAAGAACAUUUCUGCAGGUGUUUAAUUUUGUGGUAACAAGCGGUAAAAUAUACACAUGCACAAUGUGCCUUUUGCGGUAAAACAUCUAAAAGGUAGGGAACAGCAAAUAAAACUUAUCGCAAAAAUUUUUCGAGGUUACUGCCAACAUUUCCUAGUCAACUGUGAUACAUCGACAUAGAUGGUUAGAUAUUGUGAUGACGUAUUUUAUAUUUCAAAAAGGUAGAGAUAAUUAGCCAGCAGGUUUGGAAGUUUUUAGAAAUUUGUACUUUUCAUUGUUAGUUUUAUUGACAAGUUGGGUGUGACAAAUAAAUACAAAUGUUAUGUUUGUGCUGACAUGCAAUGUAAUGGUAAUUUAAUCAACCUGGUUCUGGUGUGUUCGUUGUUCAUGUUUACAAAAUAUGCCCAGAAAUAGAAGACAAAAGUCCAUUCAUACAUGUUAAUGUUAUGUCUGCAUCAUUUGGAGCUACAAGGUGCAAAAUACUGGUUAGAUUUCUUGAAAGUUUAGUUUUUAUUGUUCUCAGUUUUGAAGCCAAACAGAAUUUUUAUGUAACAGGAUUGUCAGUGCACUGAGGUCACAAGGCGGUUUUAUGAUUGAUGAUUUAUCUAUUCAUUGAAACUGAUCGAAAUGAAGUUGUAAGAUGAAGUUUUGAUAAGCAAGUUGUUGAAUAUUUUUCCAACAAUGACUGUGUAACCUUUGAAUUUCAAUUGCAAUCAGUCCAUCGAGACCAAAUUCGAUAUAUGACCAAUAUGGCCUAAUAUUCAGCAAAAAUUCUGAGACUAGUGAUAACAUCCAAUUUUCACUGUAAAAGUAAGCCUAUAGCGAAACACUUAUCAAAAUGGGGAGUUUUGAGGUAUGCUUUUUAGCUCACCUCUUAGCAGAGGUGAGCUUAUCCCAUACCGUGGCGUCCGUCGUCCGUCGUCCGUCGUCGUCGUCGUCGUCGUCGUCGUCGUCCGUCGUCGUCCGUCGUCCGUUAGCAGGGCACGUUUCGUAACUGUUAGAGCUAUUGAGUUGAAACUUGGUACACAUGUACCCUUAUGUAAUGACACCUUGGAGACCAAGUUUCGGUCCGAUUCGUUUCAUGGUUUGGCCACCAGGGGGCCAAACGUUAAAAGUGAAAAUAUGCAAUAUCUCCCUUAAUAGUAGUCGGGAAAUUUUGAAAAAAAUAUGGUAGGUACUUCUAGCAAAGGUGCAUCAUAUAUCAUCCGGGUUUUUGAUUUGACCUCCUUUUCAAGGUCACAGAGGUCAAAUGGUGUAAAUUGGCCGUUAGGAUGUAACGAUGGCACGUUUCUAAACUGCAAUGACUAUUGAUACCAAAUUUGGUACACAUUUACCCCUUAGUCAGGUGAUCUCAGGGACCGAAGUUUGGUCCAUUAUGAUUCACCACUUGACCACCAGGGGGCAAAAUCCAAAAACCUUAAAAAUGUGAUUAUUCCUUAACUUCUUGCCCGAUUGCCACCAAUUUGAUAUCAUGGGUACAUCUAACCACCAUACAGUAUAUGUCACACAGGUUUUUAAUUUGACCUUCUUGUCAAGGUCACAGAGGUCAAAUGGCUUAAAUUCGCCGUCAGGCCGUAACUAUGGCACAUUUCUUAACUGCAAUGAUUAUUGAUCACAAAUUAAGUACACAUGUACCCCUUGGUCAGGUGAUCUCAGGUACCGAAGUUUGGUGCGAUCUGAUUUGCCGUUCGGCCUCCAGGGAGGGGGCCGAAUCCUAAAUUCUUCAAAGUGCCAUUAUUCCUAGUAAUGACUUGCCCGAUUGGCACCAAUUUUAUAUCAUAGGUACAUCUAAUUCUAGCAACCAUUCAAUGUGUCACCCGGGUCUUCUUUGAUUUGACCUACUUUUCAAGGUCACAGAGGUCGAAUGUACUGUAAAUUGGCCAUUUUGGGGAAAUUGUAAUUGCUUGGACCUACAUCAAACCUAACACUACAUGACACAAUACCAUGCUCUUUAUCCAUCUUUCCUCCACAUGAGGUGAGCACAAUGGCCCUGGCCAUUUCAUUUCAGGUAUGCUACACCCAGCAGGGGUGCCACUCUCUAUUAGAUCUGUGGAGUGUCAGCGUCUUUGUAACUUGAGUUUUAGAUUGCCCCCCUCCAGUGGGUGCAGCAAUCCUUUCACUGGAAUAUUUCUCUUCCAGGCAAGCUCUUUCCAAUGUAGCUGGUUGAUUAGCCACCAGCCAGUAAAAUAUAGGGUACCAACUGCCUUCUUGCCAAGCGCCUGGCAUCAGAGAUAGUUUGGACGUGAAGAGUGUUUCAUAAGCCAAAACUGGCUGGCCUUUUCGUUAGGGACGACACUAUAAUAAACAAACUUUACUUUACCCCUUUAAACUCAAGACCUGAACUUCAUAAUUGUAUUAUAUGCAUUUAAAUGUAAAUUGUAAUUAUUUGGUCUGGUUUCUUUGUAAUGAAAAUACAAUAGUACCUGGUGCUGUGCUUUUCAAUGUACAUUACUGUCAAGGCUCACAAGAGUUUUAAUAUUCAUUUUGACAUGAAGCUGUGUGGCUGGAUUUGCUAGGCAUUUUAUAUUGUGCACAUUUUAUAUUAGAAAAAGACAGCGGAGUUUUCUACUCAAAAUUUUAUUUGUUGAUAAACAAUAUUUUGAUCUCAAAACGUAUUUGUUGCUUUUAUUUGAAAUUUGGAAAUAA